UCGCAGUAUCCGUGUCGUUGCGACAUAUGCCACGCUUGAUUUAUUUGAAUUGGAAUUUGUUUGCAGUUGUCCAAAAUGUACAUUGACGUGGACCUAUGGUCACGGCAGAAGGAAAGUCAAUUUUCGGCGGUAUGGCUUGCGGCAACUAAUAAAACUCUGUUUCGCCGGUAUUUUAAACGUAAUCACUGUGAAAACAUAGCGAUCGAUGAUCUUUGUCAGUCUAUACUGGAUUACAUGAAAAUAAAUAAACCCUUGGUUAUAGUAGCGAGACUAGCAUACGGAUUAACCUAUAUUUACCAACAGCAAGUUAAUUUUCUUUACAAUCGAGUCAGUGCAGCAUAUAGUCAAUCCAUUGCCCUUCACAACAUGAAAAAAGAGAAAUUUGUCUCGGUUAGCCAGCGAUAUGACAAGCAUACUGCUCUCGAUUUUGUAGAUAUUGACGAAGAACCUUUGCUUCCAAUGGAGAAGAUUAUAGCAGAACUUGUCACUAGUAAAAAUGGUUCGACAGUCCUACACGAAGAAGACAUUACUUUGAGAGAUUCAGUCGCAGUUCCGUCAACUGUUACAAAUGAAUUAGAAUUUGAAGAAAUGCAUUUCACCAAUGAUGAAGAUGUUCUUGAAGUAGCUCUUGAAAACUGGAACUUUAUCGAAACCAGAAACGAUUCGUAUCUAGCAGAAAAAACAUGCAGUGCAAUGGAAUUACCUCCUGAUAAUUGUACACGACAAAUGCUUGUACCACAUGAAAAAGAAAUGGAGAGUCCUUCGCUCGCCAUUCUUGAAAUGCCUAUCGCAAGCACUUACGAUUCACAUUCCACUAAUGAUAAUCAACACACCGGAAAUUACUUACCUGUAAAUGAAGAGUUAUCUGAUGUUUCAUCAAGCAUGUCGAAUUAUUCUCAGCACCGAUCUCUGAUCGAGAAAAACUCAAGUCAAAUUAUAGACUCCGUACUUAGUGUCCGUAAAAGAAAAGGUGCUAAACAUUUGAUCAUGGACAAAAGAACCAAACUAGCAGCUGAUGUCAUGAGGCAUGCUAUCGAACAUAGCGCAAAUACACUGCGAUGCCAGGAUCCUCGGAGUGACAUUUUGCCGAUUCAUAUUAUUCGUUAUCCACUCGAUAUUGUGUCAGCUAUUUUUAAACAUCCUGCACGAAGUACGCGAUCAUCUUUUUUAAAACAUUUGUUUCAACGAAAUGCUCGAAAACGAGCAGCAGAUAAUGAGGAUCUACUCAUGGAUGAAUGCUUUGAUAGAACGCAAAUUAUGAGGAAAGAAAAUGAUGGAAACGAUCCUUCUUCAAAACUAAGAAAGGUGGAAAAUCUAAGUAAAACACCCACUUUACCUUUGGGUCAUAUACAUCCUGUGUACAGUGGCGCGCAGCAAACAGAGAAUGUAAAUUUACAAUGGAAUAUAGAAUCUAACCGGCCGAAACGGCACAUUUUUGACUCGACAAACAUUCGAGAGACGGUUGAUGAAUUUUGUGAGGAACGUCUACUUAAAUUUCUAGAAAAUUUGUGGAGUAGUAAUCCAAAUUCGAUAUUAUUUACAAGUUUGGAAGCGUAUUUCUUUAACAAAUUGGAUGCAGUCAGAUGUUUCUCUGCCAUUUUAGUGCUUGUUGCGAAACAAAAACUGGAAAUAUCUAGAACCGUUGAUAACCAGAUCUCUGAUAUAAAAAAAGGACCUGCAUUUUAAGUAUAUCAUUUCGAGUAGACUGAUUGUCUCAAGGAGUUUAGGGUAACGGUGGUGAACAAAACUACACAUUUCAUCUUAUUUAUUUGAUUUAAAUAAAAAAUGAGAACAAUCAUGUAUUUUAGGCAAUAAAUAAAGCCAAAACGGUUGGAAACAUACAUAGCUUUUCUAUAAAAAUAAAAUAUUGGUUUAUAGUCCUAUCGAUUGCGCUAGCCCAGAAUAAAUAUGAAGAGUAACAAACCCAAAACUAGCUGUCAAAAGCGCUUUCAAA